UCUUAGGCUACCUACCUAGUCAAGGCCUGCCAGGCUUGUCAGGGACCUGCUCAACUCGUCCUCGUCCUGCCAAUUAUUGAUCGUAGACUGAUUACAUGUGUCAAGGGCUGAUCGUAGAUUCUGGGCAGGUAUUCACUCGCCUUGCAGCCACUCAUCGUCCUCGUGGAUGGCUAGUCUUUAUCCAGUUGACUUAUAAGAGAGUUAACGGCCAUACUAAUGCAUUCUGUUAUCUGCACUCGGCCCACACACCUCACCCUUCUUCCCAUGACAAUUCGACAAUUCGACAAUUCGACCGCGCUUCAUCUCGGGUCUUUCUCGCUGUAAAGCCGUCGAGAUAAUUAAAUAUGCAAGCGAACUGCCUCGAUAUUGGUAUCGUCUCUUUGUCUAUUGCCUCUCCAUCGCCAGUUGCGGUUCGUGGGCCGAGACCUAUCCGCAUCAUUCCCU